AUGAAGACAACCAGCCCACAAGAUAUCCGACUCUGCGAACAUGUUCUCACCCAGCUUUACGGUCAUGCCUGUGGAGAAAUCGGUUCCAUCUUACUCAAUCGUGGUCGCUUGCCGUUUUCCAAUCUACUGCGAAUGUCCUGCCUCACUGGGAAUUCGAUCAGAACAGCACUGGUAGUAUUAAUCCAGCAGAAUUGUGUGCUUCAUUCCGACACCUCCUUACUCACUGCUGCAACUGGCGACCCGAAUCCCUCCUCUAGUGGUCCAGAGUAUUUUGAGGCGAUCCCGGACGAAAUUCUAGCUCGAGUCCGCUUCGGCCAAUUUGUCAACUUAGCCUACGAACAAUUCGGGAUCGAAUCCAAGCUGAUUGUUGAAUGUCUGCUAGACAACGGCAAGCUACGCGUUGGGCAGCUGGUCACGAUGGUCUGUGAUCAAUACCAAGCUCAACGCAAACGGCUCAAUGAAACCGAAAUUGAACUCAAUCACUCACCACUCAAGAUGCCCCAAAUUGUCAAAUCCAACGUACUGAAUUUGUUGGCAGAGAGGUACAUCAAACCUUCACAUCCUAAGCAUUCCAUUAAUCCAAUCGAUCUGGAACUAGCUUAUGAAAAACAGCUAAUCGCCAAGUUGCCUGGGGUACCGAGCCCAAAGGACAUCAGACUAGUCAAGGAACAGGUUGUGGAUAUCAUGACUGCUGAGGAGGAUAAAGCGUUUGAAGAAAUGUGCUCCUUUGAACAAAAACAACGUGCCUCAAACAGUGCGCAGAAUGAUCGCAAGGCUCAAAACAAGAGACAAAAGACUGAGGACGUCACAUUGCCAGAUGACAUGUUUAUUCGAGUGAACUAUGCUCGAUUCAACAUGAAAAUCAGAAAUUCCAUUUUCGAGCAGGAAUGCUUCCGAUCGUAUAAUCUCGAGGCUGGAUUGGUCAUAAGAGCAAUGUUGAUUCUGGCGGAAACAAAACAGAAAGACGUCAGCGAUUUGGUCUCUGAUGCCAUCUCGGCACAGGCUAUUCUGAUGAAACUGGGCCAGCAAUCAAAUGUUGUCAAGACAUGUUUUCCAACUCGGGCAGCAAAUGGGCAGUUCAAUCUGAAGCUAAAGAACACGGGUGAUUUGGUCGCGGAGAUGUUGUCGGUGAUGGCCAAACAGGAUGACUUGGCCACCUCGACUAGCUCGGUGUUUGUGCCAGGAAGUCUGAACAAAGGAUUAGCUCAACUGAACCCACUGGCGGUCGUCUCGGAAAAGAAAAAUAACGUCUUGGGUGGCGGCAGUGGAAGUGGAGGAAUGAGAGAGUUCAAAGUUGAAUAUGCUAGGUAUUCCCUCGAGUUGAGGAAAGCUUUGGUCUCGAGGAUCAUCCGAGAAAAGUAUGGGAUCGAGGCGGCCAGAGUUGUACGAAUUCUCCUGCAUAAGGGUCGCCUGGACGAAAAACAUCUCGCCAAGUACGCCAUGAUGACUCUGAAGGACUCUCGAGAACUAUGUUUAAAACUCUCAGCCGGCAAGAUAAUCGAACUGCAAGAAGUACCGAAGACGAAUGACCGACAACCGAGUCGAACAUUUUAUCUAUUCUUCAUCGACUUUCAUAAGUUGAUCCUCAACCUGACGAUGAUGAUCAGGAAAUCUCAGACAAACUUGAUCAUCAGGAUCGAUCACGAAUUGAAACAGAGGAAGAACUUGGUCUGUAAAGUCAAUCGAACCGAUGUCAUCGAAGACCAGGACGGCCUGUUGACCGUUUGGGAACGCGCCGAUCUCAAAAAAUUGAAAACUUUGAUCCAAGUCUUGGAAGUCGCUAAACUUCGACUAGAAAGAGAUCUCUUCAUUCUAAACGAUUUACCUUGGUUGCAAUAA